GCAAUAAGGCGAUGAGUGUUAAUUAAAUAAACUGAUUUAAAUAUCAAUCGAUCAGACGUUAACGUCAAGCAAGUGCGGUUUAUAGCGCCAACUCAUCAAUGAGAAAUUAACUCUUCGAUUCAUGUCGAGUCACGCAUGUGCUGCGUCGUCACAACAAUACCGAUCUCGUACUUUGUUCUCAAGAUUAAGCUUUAACCACAGUCAAUAAUUGAUUAUAUAUAUAUAUAUAAUCGAAUAAUCGGCUGAAGGCUCAACAGUAAUUCGAGAUGGUGCUUGCGGAAUUAAUUGCGGCUUUUAUCGUUAUCUUGAGUAGUGUGUACAUUUAUUAUAAAUAUGUAAUAUUUAAUUUCUGGCGGAAGAGAGGUGUCUUUUAUAUCGAGCCCGUAGUACCAGUUGGAAAUGUAACACCUCUCGUAACUGGGAAAGCGCAAGUAGGAGUAUUCUUCCAUGAUGUCUAUCUGAAAUAUAAAGAACAUCGUGCUUUUGGAAUGUACACUUUUUUCAAACCAAAUUUGAUAAUAGCCGAUCUCGAUCUUAUACAAACGGUGAUGACAAAGGAAUUCAAAUCUUUUCAUGAUCGUGGAAUAUAUUAUAACGAAAAGAUUGAUCCAUUAACCGGCAAUUUAUUUCUUAUGCCUGGAAAAAGAUGGCGAAAUAUGCGCGUUAAGUUAACACCCACAUUUACUUCAGGUAAAAUGAAGCAAAUGUUUGUUAUAUUGAAAGAGUGUGGUGAUGAACUCGCAAAGCAUCUAGAGCGUAACGCUGAAAUAGGAGAUACCAUCGAAAUUAAAGAUAUAUUAGCAAGAUAUACAACAGAUGUUAUUAUGUCAACGGCUUUUGGUAUCAAAUCAAACUGCAUUAAGGAACCAAAUAAUGAGUAUCGUAUCCAAGGAAAAAGAAUUACGAAUAUAAAUUCUAUAAAGCUCGCCAUGGCAAUCUUUGCGCCACAAAUCAUGACCUUUUUUUCUAUUCCCUUCAUGCCACAAUCUGUCACUGACUUUUAUAUAAAAAUGUUUCGAGAGACUGUGGAAUAUAGGCAAGCUAAUCAUAUCGUCAGACCUGACUUUAUGAACUUGCUCAUACAACUCAUGGAGAGAGGCUACGUUGAUCCUGAAGAUGCCAAAAAUACGUCCAACGAAUCAUCAACUGUAAAUAAACUUACCAUGGUAGAAGCUACUGCGCAAAGUUUUGUCUUCUUCGCAGCUGGUUUCGAAACUUCCUCAUCCGCGGCAACAUUCGUUUUAUACGAAUUAGCACAACAUCAAGAUAUACAAGAGAAAGUUCACAAUGAAAUCGAUGAAAUAUUGAAAAAGCAUAAUAAUCUAACCUACGACGCUAUAACCGACAUGACAUACCUUCACAAAGUAAUAAAUGAAGCUUUAAGAUUAUAUCCACCUGUCCCAAUUUUGAAUCGAAUCUGCACUGAGGAAAUAGACUUGCCGACUGUAAACAUUCGCGUGCCAAAAGGAACGUUAAUAACAAUACCGAUGCUUGGGCUGCAUCGAGAUCCGUCAAUAUAUCCAGACCCAAAUAAAUUUGAUCCUGAGCGCUUCAACGCCAACGAAAUAAAGAAAAGGCAUCAUUACGCUUAUAUGCCAUUCGGGGAAGGUCCCCGAAAUUGCAUUGGUAUGAGAUUUGGCCUUUUACAAACAAAAAUUGGGCUCGUGAGCCUUCUGUCAAAAUAUAAAUUUAAACUUCAUUCUCAGACCCCGGUCCCGCUUACUUACAGUGAAAGAUCUCCGACUCUCAUACCGAAAAGUGGUGUGCAUCUUAUUAUCGAGAAGCGAUAAAAUUAUUUUCUUCUUGAUUAAGAAUUACCUCUUUUAAUUUAUAUAAUACGAAGAAUGUAAACAUGCAUAUGUCAAAAGUAAAGAUUAGACCAUAAGACGAAUCUAUUUAAUAUAUUCUAUUAUUUUGCGUUACUAACUUUUGUUCUUAGUAUUUUUUAUUAUGACGGUUUAUUUCUUGUUAAUACUGCAUGAUGUAUUAUAAGUAAAAUUAUUAAUAAUUACAUAUAUU